AUGGAAGAGUUUGAGAUGAGUGACCUUAGUGUAUUGAAGUACUUUCUUGGCAUAGAGUUCCACGAGUCAAAAGUGGGGUUGCUUAUGCAUCAAAGGAAGUAUGCGUUAGACAUCUUGAAAAUAUUUGAUAUGGAGCAUUGUAAUGCGGCCUUAACACCGGCUGAAGCAAGGUUACAAUUGUCCAAGAGUGAGGAUGAAAAAGAUAUGGAUCUAACACAAUAUAGAAGGUUAAUUGGAUUAUUAAGGUACUUGUGCGAUACACGGCCAGAUUUGGCGUUUAGUGUCGGUAUUACUAGUAGGUUCAUGGAGAAGCCUAAAGUAUCACACUUGAAUGCAAUUAAGAGGGUCCUUCGAUACAUUAAAGGAACUCUUGGUUGUGGAAUUCUCUUUCCCGCAACGGAUAAUGGUGGUAAAUGCGAAUUACUUGGUUAUACCGAUUCUAGUUGGUGCGGAGAUAAAGAUGAUAGAAAGUCUACGGCAGGAUAUGUCUUUAUGUUUAGCGGAGCACCAAUAUCUUGGUGUUCUAAAAAGGAACCGGUAUUUGCAUUCUCGUCUUGUGAGGCCGAGUAUAUCCCUGCGUCAUUUAUAUGUGUGCCGAGCGGUGUGGCUUAG